UUGAUAUAAUUUGGUUUCAAGCAGCCAAAAUUCACUUGCAAAAUGGGUCGUCUUCUGCUCAGUUUUGUUUUGCUGUUUUGUGCUUUAUCUCCAAUAAACAGCGACUUUGUGAUCGAUGGAAUAAGAAACAUUCAGAAAAGAAGCACUGGAAAGCCAGUAGAUGAUAUAGAAGUCUACAGUAUAAUUAUCAACAGUCAGGUGACAUCUCGCUUUGCCCAUAAUGUCAUCACAAGCAGAGCUGUUAAUCGAGCCAACGUGUCCAAAGAAGCCUUCUUUAAUGUGGAUCUGCCCAAAACAGCUUUUAUUACAAAUUUCAGCAUGAUAAUAGAUGGAGUCACAUAUCCAGGAGUAAUUAAGGAAAAGGAAGCUGCUAAGAAACAGUAUGAAAAAGCUGUAUCAAGGGGCCAAACAGCCGGACUAGUCAGGGCCUCUGGAAGGAAGACGGAGAAGUUUACUGUGUCUGUUAAUGUGGCUCCAGAAAGUAAAGUCACAUUUGAGUUGGUCUAUGAAGAAAUGCUGAAACGUCGCCUUGGAAAGUAUGAGAUGUUCAUCAAAGUUCAACCAAAAACUCUGAUAAGAAAAUAUGAGAUUGAAGUAGACAUACAUGAACCUCAAGGUAUCAGCUUUCUAGAUGCUCAAGCGACUUUUUUAACAAAUGACCUACUACCUACUAUACAAAAAUCUUUUUCUGGAGAAAAGGGCCAUGUCUCUUUUAAACCCACAAUAGAUCAGCAGCGUUCAUGUGCCGACUGUGAUACUACGUUACUAGAUGGAGAUUUUACUGUGACCUAUGAUGUUAAUAGAGAAUCCCCUGGAAACAUACAGGUUGUCAAUGGAUAUUUUGUUCACUUUUUUGCUCCCCCUAAACUGUCUGGUGUACCAAAAAAUGUAGUUUAUGUUAUAGACAGAAGUGGAUCCAUGUACGGUAGAAAAAUGGAGCAGACAAAAGACGCCCUUCUCCAAAUUCUGAAUGACACGUCAGAACAUGAUCACUUUAAUUUCAUACUGUUUGACCAUAGAAUUAUUGUGUGGAAGGAUUCUUUGCUCAAAGCAACUCCAGAAAACCUAAUAGAAGCUCGAGAAUUUGUCAAGAACAUUAAUGCUUAUGGCUGGACAAACAUUAAUGACCCUCUACUGAAGGCUGUCGAGUUAUUAAAUACAGCACACGAGAAUAAAACUGUUCCUGAAAGAAGUGUUUCCUUAAUUGUCCUCCUCACAGAUGGUGAAGCCAAUGGAGGUGAAAAAAACCCUUCAAAAAUCCAGGAAAAUGCAAAGAAAGCCAUUCAAGGCAAAUACACCUUGUACAGUCUUGGUUUUGGCAGUGGAGUUGAUUAUGCUUUUCUGGAGAAGUUAGCACUGGAAAAUUCAGGAAUCGCCCGUCGCAUAUAUGAAGACUCGGAUGCAGACUUGCAGUUGCAGGACUUUUAUAAUGAAAUUGCAAAUCCAACAUUGAUUGACAUAGAAAUGCAAUAUCCUGAGAACGCUAUCGCUGACCUCACUCAGAACAACUUCAAACAUUACUUUGAAGGGAGUGAAAUUGUAGUCGCCGGACGUGUAACAGAUAAUGACUUGAAUUCAUUUACUGUGGAUGUAAAGGCAAAGGGGGCUGAUGAAUCUAAGAAAUACACUGAAAAUGCUCACGUUCAAAGCCAGGAUGAUGUGAGCAAACAACAGAAAUACAUCUUUGGUGACUUUACAGAGAGACUCUGGGCAUAUCUAACCAUACAGCAGUUGUUGGAAAAACGGCUUUAUGCAGACCCAUCAGAGAAAGCAAACCUAACAGCGCAAGCGCUUGAUCUGUCCUUGAAGUUCAAGUUUGUCACUCCUUUAACAUCAAUGGUGGUUACAAAACCAGAGGAAAAAGACAAGGAAGAAGAAACAUUAAUUGCUGAUAAAUUUGUGGACGGACAAACAUCCUCUUCGUCGGUUUUACAAAUUCAGAGACAAACAUCCUCUUCGUCGGUUUUACAAAUUCAGAUGGAUUCUGACCCUCAUUUUGUGAUAAAUGUUCCACAAAAGAAUGACGUGCUGUGCUUUAAUAUUCAGGAGAAGCCAGGUGUGAUCCUGAACCUUAUUGAGGAUAGACAACUAGGUAUUGCAGUCAAUGGGGAACUUAUUGGAAACAAGAACAUCAAUAAUGUCAUAUCAAAUGAAACCUAUUUUGGAAGAUUUGGGAUCGUAAACAGAGAGAUGAAGAUAAGAAUUGAGGUGACCACUGACAAAAUCAUAGUCCUGAACCAUAAAAACAAGAAAACGUUCUCAUGGCAGAAAACAGGCUCUAUAAGCAAGGAAGGGUUUAAUCUGGUGGUGAACAAAAGAAGUAAUGUGACCUUAUCAUUUGGAGAAGGAGCAACAUUUGUUAUAAUUCUGCAUGAAGUUUGGAAAGGUCACCCUCUCCACAGGGAUUUCUUAGGUUUUUAUACAUUGGAUGAUCAUACAUUUUCUAAAGGAGUCCAUGGACUGCUAGGACAAUUUUUUCAUGGAAUCAAUUUUGAAAUUUCUAAUAUUCAUGAAACUGAAAAUCCUGACAAACCGGAUGCAACAAUGAAAGUGAAGAACAAGCUGCUGACAGUGACCAGGGGUGCACAAAGAGACUACCGAAAAGAUCACAAGAAUGGCAUUAAAAUUCCCUGCUGGUUUGUGCAUUUCAAUGGAGAAGGUCUGAUUGAUGGAACCCAUACCGAUUACAUUGUACCUGAUAUUUUCAGUAUUGCUUAUUAGAAGUGAUUACUGUAGAGAUUCAAUAUGUAGACACCUUCAGGAAAAUAUUUUAUGAUUACAUUUUAUUCAUUUUGGGUUAAAAUCAUGUUUUUAAUUGGUCUGUAUUAAAAAUUGGAAGAAGUUUUUGUGAUACGUGUGGUUAAAAAUCAGUUUAUAUGCUGACUAUUCCUCCUGAGUUCCAUCAGCUGACUGUUCAUGUAGAGUUCUUAUCUCUGAUCUCCUGACCUCAGAAACACUCAGUAUUAAAGUCUUGGAAAAACCCUUUAA